CUUCUUGUCUUCUUCCCCUUUGUUCUUUCCAUUUCUCCCGUACAAUUCCAUUCCAGCUUCUCAUUCAUCCCCCCCCCGUUCUUCUUUCUAAUUGAACACCACAACCCACAUUCGCUCAGAACACGAAGGCACCACAAUGCGUUCCUCCAAUCUUUUCGCCCUCGCGGCUUCGCUUUCCACCUCCACUGCUGUCUACCAGGGCUUCAACUAUGGCGCAACCAAGUCUGAUGGCGUUACCUUCCGAUACCAAGCUGACUUCCAGUCUCUCUUCUCGACUGCUAAGAACCUCGUCGGCACCUCUGGUUUCACCAGUGCCCGCCUGUACACCAUGAUCCAAGGAGGAAGCUCGACCAACGAACCCACACAGGCCAUCCCCGCCGCCAUCGCCGAAGACACCUCCCUCCUGCUCGGUCUCUGGGCCUCUGGUGGACAAGGGGGAAUGGACGCCGAGAUCACUGCUCUCAAGUCUGCUAUCACCAAGUAUGGCACUGCCUUCACAAGCCUCGUUGCUGGUAUCUCGGUUGGCUCUGAGGAUCUCUACCGUAUCUCUCCUACCGGCAUUGCUGCAAAGUCAGGAUAUGGUGCUGAUCCCGCUACCCUCGCCUCAUACAUUGGCCAAGUUCGCACUGCCAUUGCCGGUACUCCCUUGAGUGGAGCUUCCAUUGGUCACGUCGACACCUGGACUGCUUGGGUCAACGGAUCUAACCAGGCUGUCAUCAACGCCUGCGACUGGAUCGGAAUGGAUGCCUACCCAUACUUCCAGACCACUCAAGCCAACAGCAUCGAGAACGGAAAGGGACUCUUCAACGAUGCUCUCAGUGCCACACAAGCCGCCGUUGGUGGAAAGCCAGUCUGGGUUACUGAGACUGGAUGGCCUACAAGCGGCUCUACCGCCGGCCUCGCUGUUACAGGCACUACGAACGCCAAGACAUACUGGGACCAGGUUGGAUGCCCUCUCUUCGGCAAGACCAACACUUGGUGGUACACUCUUACCGACAACGAUGCCGUCCAAACCAAUCCCAGCUUUGGCAUUGCUCCUGGCAACCCCCUGAGCACCACCCCAUAUUUCGAUCUCUCCUGCUCUGCUGUUUCCUCCAACUCGAGCAGCUCCCCAUCUUCCACCACCGGCUCGGGCAGCCCUGCCGGCUCUGCUGUCUCCUCAGCAUCCUCUGUUCAAUCGGUUGCCACCACUCCUGUUGCCUCGUACGGGGGUGGGCUCUCCCCAUCUCAAGGAGCAGGCAAUGGCAUCGGCGCCUCGGCUGCAUCAGGCUCCGGCCCUGCUCCCACGGGAACCACAGGGACCGGAUCCGGGCCCAACGGCACCUACUCAAAUGGCACGAAUACUCUCAGCACCACCGGAAAGCCUACUGUCUCUGCCACCUCGACCUCUCCCGCCAUUGCUACCGCCAACGCUGCCGGCCACCUCGCCGGCUCUGUUAUCGGCGCUAUUGGUGCAAUGGUGGUCGCCGUUGUGGCAUUGUAAAUUACAUUCAACGGGGCACACACGGCGCAUUGGCAUUGUACAUUAGCAUUACGGUAGAACAGCUGCAUUCAUGGAGGAGCAUUGGGGGCACAAAGCCGGCUGUACUUUUUCUUCUGGGCCUUGCAUAACCCCCCGAUCGGGGCGGACUCGCAUCACUGAUCAUACACAUACACAAAUAGAACAAAAGCA